GCCAUCCAGGAUAAAAAUAUCAGAAUUAGGAGAAAAUGAUAUCCCUCUUUGCCAUAGGGACAAGGAGAUCUUCCUGUGGCACUUCCUGGAGCUCUCCCUGCCAUGACCCCUGCAAUGUUAACCAUCCUCUUUCACUGAGAUCCUCACGGAGUCAGUUGAAUGUUCUUGGAGUCAUGCCUACUCAGGAGGCCACCUCAUUGGGCCUCCCUGCCCCUCGAGGGAAUAAUUCACCCUGUCUUAUUCCUCAGGCAGCAUGCCCACUGUCCCAUGUCCUGCUUCUGCGGACUUGUUUCUAGCAGGCCUGGUUGUCUCUAUGCUUCCAUCUCCACCCAAUUGAGCUUUCACUGCUGCUCUUCCUUCUUCUCUUGAGACUUGGGAGCUAUUUGGACUCGUCUUCUCACCCAGGGCAACGCUCCAAAUUGGCUCCCUAGUUCUCCCCAGCCAGACAGAGAAGCAACGCGAUUGCAGAACCAAUUCCUGCGUCUUGUUUCUCAGCAGUCGUUGUUGCUACGUCUUCAGUUCUCUUUUUCUUUCUCCAGUUGCCCGCGUCUCCUUUGUUCUUCAGUUUUCCAAGUCAAAACACGAGGGAACAACGCCACUAUGCUUCCUUUCCAGGUCAUCGUUGUCCUUGUUGCGAUUGGCGCCUGCCUCCUUUUCGUGGCUCUUACAGCUGCGAUAUAUUUCUUCCCGAGGCGCAGGCAUACCAGAGAUAUGCCGACUACAGACCACGAUAGAGAGCCACGCGUCUCCUUCCAUCGUGAGAUAUCGCGCAACGGCGAUGGAGAGAGCUCGUGGCAUCAAGACGGUUAUGGGGAGCGUUCAGAUGCAAGUGCAGAAAUUCCGGCCUUGUUUUCCUCACAAGAGAAUCUGGUUCAGUCGUUCGGAGACGUGGACUCGGAAGCGUUAUCCCAGCCGCCAAAGAAAACAUGGUCGACGUCUUUUGCCUGGACAAGAUCUUUACGAAAAGCCAUUGCGAGAUUUAAAACCCAUCGCGGUAAUGUUCUGCAGAGGCCUCUCCAUUUGAGUUCUCUAGAAGCCCUGACUGAGCCUACCGAUGCUUCGUCAGAUGCCCAGAGUUCACACUCCCUUCCUCGUCUGAGAGAAGAGUGUGUCACCGCUAGCAUACUGACGAGCAUCUUGCAGGCUCCAAUUCAGAGAGAGACAGGCUCGAGACCGGUUUCCGUCAGAGAGAUAUUUCGUACGCGUUUCAAUUCGAGAACGCACCGUCCGAUAUCAGCUCCUUUGCCACUGGCAUCAUCUCGAGUAGAGCAUUGGGACUCGCAACUCAGCGCACUCAAUCCGCCCCUCUUACGUACCCCAAUAACGAACCAGACAGCGGGAGCCGUUCCAACGCUGCCAAUACCUCCCCCUCCGCCUGUUCCCACUCGCUAUCGUCUUCCCGAUUCAGAUACGGGGCUAUCAUCUAUCAACCCAGCAAUACUGGAUGAUGGCAUCGGGUUGACUUCAUCUCCUAGCGAGCAUGAUUUCGCGUAUCCGUUGGGCUGCCCUGGCCCUACUUUGGGGUUUGAUGGCGAUGAUGAUGAUACGGACGCGGACGAUAGGUACCAAGUGAACUCUGUUCCUUUCACUGCUCUACUACCACCGCCUCCUGUCUUAACUAGACAAGGUGGCGCCGUGCAGUUCAGCGGACGGCCGGACCCAUUUCUGUCAUAUACGAAUACCAAUUCUGGUGAAGCCUCCGCCAAGCCACAGUACCAUCCCCUAAGGCUCAAUCCGAUCCAUCCGCAUUAUCCUAAACAUGAGAACCUGCACACGGCUGGCGAGGAGGGUCAUUCCGACCCAGAAACAGUGCCUGGUGGUCUUGGAAGCGGAAAUGGCAGUGGAACAAGUAACGAGAGAACGAUCAGCAGUAGCGUCGGUAUGUCGUCUCUGCUAACUUCGAGAAACAUGGGACAGGCAGGACCAUCGGUCCCUUCGUCUCCCAACAACCUGUUCCGCAAAGGUCACAAGCGACAGUACUCUGUACGCUUACCAACGAUCCCGUCCGAUAUUUUCGGGGGUGCUUCCUCUCGUCCUGGUAACGAGGCUCACGAACUGGAUGAACUUGACUCUCAGGGUUCAAAGAAAGGGAAACAGAAACAGCGUGCUGAGAACCAAAAUCCCGAACGGGAAGACAUCUACGCCACUUACAGACCUAGAAAACGUCUGGCUGAAGCGUUACAUCAGGGAAAGGUACAGCAGUGGAAGUUCCCUAGCAUGGAAUCUGUGGACAACAGGAUCGCCAACGGCCAGGAACGACAGGAAAAUCAAUACCAGUAUGAGCGUCGUCGAAAUCCAGAAAGUGGCCCAAAGUCGUCGCCCUGCAAUAAGAAUGUGGGUAUGUCUCGUCGCUCCGUACAUAGCCUCAAAGGUACCAGUAUGAUGACCAUCUGGGAAGAAGACAAGGAUGGCAAGAUGUCCCAGCUUGGUUCUGACGUGCAAGGUUCCUCUAACGGUCAUGGUAUGGUAAAGGAAGCGCUGUUCGCGCACGAUGUCCAGGGAGAAACGCUGGCGGAAACCCCAAGUGUCCGCAUUGUGCAAGAUUCAGAGGUCGAGACUCCUUUUGGUAGAAACGUUGGGCUGAGACUAAGUGCGAGCGCAGAAGAGAAGACGCCUGGAAGUCUCUAUGACCAAGACGGGUUUUUCAGAGAGUACUAA